AAUGAGAGGAGUAACUCUACGCAGAUAUCCAGAUGAAAGUUUUCCAAAGAACAUUGACUUCUUUGAUUUGAAGGAGUUCCCUAUUCCAACAAAUCUUAAGGAAAAUGAUCUUCUUAUCAAAGUUUGCUAUGUUAGCAUCGAUCCUGUUAUGAGAGUAUGGUUUUCAGGAGCCAAGACUUAUAUUGAUACUGUACAUCAAGGAUAAGUCAUUCCUGCUUUUGGAUGUGGAGUUGUUGCUGAAUCGAAAAGCAAAAGAUUUAACAAAGGAGAUUUAGUGUUAGGUGCAUUAGAUUGUGCAGACUAUUGUGUUAGAUCAGCUAAUGCAAUAUUCAAAUUGCCAGCUGUAUAAUCAAAAAAUGAUCCAAACUUACCUCUCUUUUUGUCUGUGUAUAUUUUAAUUGUGAUAAUUUAGUUAUGGUGUAACUGGAAUCACUGCUCUCAAGGGAUUACAUCAAAUUCCUAAAGAGAAUCUCCCUACAAAAGAAUCCAAGAAGACUCUAGUGGUAUCAUCUGCUGCAGGAUCAACAGGAUCAUUUGCUCUAUAAAUAGGAAAAUAUUGGGGUUAUAGAACUGUUGGUAUCGUUAGUAGUAGAGACAAGAAAGACUUUGUGCUUUCACUAGGAGCUGAUGCUUGUGUUUGUUACAAUGACACUUUGGAUUCUAAUGGAAUUGUUGACACAGAGUACAUUAAUUAACCUAUUCUUAAUUAGCAAAUUGACAAAAUUAAUGAAGUAAGCAGCUCCUGAAGGAAUUGAUGCAAUGUAUGACAAUUCAGGAGAAGAGGUAUUAGAUGCAGUCUUACCAGCUAUGAAUAAGGGUGCAUUCAUUGUAUUAUGUGGAGCUACUGCUACAUAUUAUACAUGGAAAAAUAGAGGAGGAUUGAAAAAUUUAUCUCAUUUUAUUACAAAGUAAAUUAAAGCUGAAGGAAUAUUGUACUUUGGUUAAAAGAAUGCCAUAAUGGAAUCAUUUAAAGAAAUGAAUGAAUUAGUCACAGGAAAUCAUAUUUAGUAAUAAUUUAUACUUAUAUGUAUAGACACAAAGAAGAAUUUAUAAAUGGAUUAGAAAAUGUGACAUUAGGAUUAUAGAAAGUGUUUUUAGGUAAGAAUUUAGGAAGAGUGAUUGUCAAAUUAGAUAAUGAAAUUCCAUUGCCAAAGUUUUGAG